UGUCACAUCAAGUGAGUUCCUCCCGACGAGCUCUACAUGUUACAGCAGACGCGGAGGUUGUGAUGCGUUCAGGUGCCGCUCCAUUCAUUCACACAGCGUAGCAGAGCCACCGUUCCGGAUAGCAAAGAUGACAUCCAGCACGCUACCCUAGCAGAGGAGGAGGACUGUGACUCGGCGGGGGGCGGCAUGGGCUGCGCACCCAGCAUCCACGUCUCGCAGAGCGGCGUCAUCUACUGCCGCGACUCGGACGAGUCCAACUCGCCGCACCAGACCACCACCACCAUCUCGCAAGGGGGCGGCGGCGGAGGAGCAGCGUUGCACGGCCUCUUUAUCAAGACCGACGCGGCCGAUGCCAUCCCGUCCGUCAUCGCCUAUCAGAGCCGACACUCGAGCUUCAACUCCCACCGGGAACGGAGGGACACCGGCGGAGGAGGAGGAGGCGCGCACGUCCUCAUCGAGGCCGAGACGCAGACCAGCGACGCCGGUGUCAAGGUUUCUUCUAAAGAACAAUGUAUUGGACCCAUGAGAGUGAGCCAGGAGGCCAUUCAGGUCUUGCUAGUGUUCGCCAAGGAGGACAGCCAGAGCGACGCGUUAUGGUGGGCGUGCGAUCGUGCCGGCUUCAGAUGCAACAUUGCCCGGACGCCCGAGUCUGCGCUCGAGUGUUUCCUGGGCAAGCACCACGAAAUCGUCAUCAUCGACGGACGCCACUCGCGCUACUUUGAGCCUGAGGUCGUGUGCCGGAUGAUCCGUGCCACGAAGCCCUCAGAAAACACUGUUAUUCUCGCCGUUGUGCCACAAAAGCCAUCAGAACAGGACGAACCUUCAGUUCUUCCACUGCUGUGUGCUGGAUUCAGCCGAAGGUUUGUGGAGAACACCAGCGUGUCGGCGUGCUAUAACGAACUGAUUCAACUUGAGCACGGAGAAGUGAGAUGCCACUUCAAACUCAGGGCUUGUAACUCGGCCUUCACGGCGCUGGAGAAGUGUCAGGAAGCCGUAGAGAUCACAAGUGAAGACCGGGUCAUACAAUAUGUGAACCCUGCAUUCGAGCGGAUGAUGGGUUACCACCAGGGAGAGCUUAUCGGCAAGGAGCUGACUGAACUCCCAAAGAGCGACAGAAACCGGGCGGACCUUUUAGAAGCUAUCAAUACCUGCAUUGAAAAAGGAAAGGAAUGGCAGGGAAUUUACUACGCCAGAAAGAAAUCCGGCGACAGCUUGCCACAACACGUGAACAUAACCCCUGUUGUCGGCCAAGGAGGGAAGAUUCGACACUUCGUAGCCAUCAAGAGACCUCAUGUCGACAACAACUGUCAGGUGCACAAAUACAAUAAGGAGGACCGAUGCAGUAUGGAACAUUCUUACCCAGAGUGCCACUCUCUACUCCACCGCGACAGGAGGAAAGACUCGAUGGAUACGAGAUCACUCAGCUCCCGCAGUAGCGACGCUGCCAGUUUACAGAACCGCAGACACUCAUCCGUCGCCAGGAUUCAUUCCAUGACAAUUGAGGCUCCCAUCACCAAGGUGAUCAACAUUAUCAAUGCUGCCCAGGAGAGCAGCCCGCUAACCGUGGCUGACGCUCUGGAGCGUGUGUUGGAGAUUCUACGGACCACUGAGCUUUACUCGCCUCAGCUGGCGUCAAAGGAUGACGACCCACACACCAACGACCUAGUCGGCGGGCUCAUGAGCGAUGGACUGCGGCGAUUAUCUGGCAACGAGUAUGUUUUUUGCAAGAACAUGAGCCAAAGUCAGCUGGCAAUCCCAGUCACGCUGAGUGAUGUGCCUCAAUCCAUCGCCGAAAUGCUCAAUGACGAGGAAUGUUGGGAGUUCAACAUCCUCGAUUUAGAGGCAGCCACACACAAGAGACCGCUGACUUACCUGGGACUGAAGAUCUUCACCAGUUUCGGUGUGUGCGACUUCCUCGACUGUUCCGAGGCGUCGUUGCGCUGCUGGCUGCAGCUUAUGGAGGUCAGCUACCACUCGUCCAACUCCUACCACAACUCCACGCACGCCGCCGACGUACUGCACGCUACCGCCUACUUCUUACGCAAGGAGAGAGUAAAGAGCAGUCUAGAUCAGCUGGACGAAGUGGCGGCGUUGAUCGCUGCCACCGUGCACGACGUGGACCACCCGGGCCGGACCAACUCCUUCUUGUGUAACGCCGGUAGCGAGCUGGCCGUCCUGUACAACGACACAGCGGUGCUGGAGAGCCACCAUGCCGCCCUUGCCUUCCAGCUCACCGCACGUGAUGGCAAAAGCAACAUCUUUAAAAACAUUGAGCGGAACCAGUUCCGAACUUUGCGGCAGGCUAUCAUCGACAUGGUGCUAGCCACGGAGAUGACGCGACAUUUUGAACACGUCAACAAGUUUGUCAACAGCGUCAACAAGCCCAUGGCAGGCAUCGAGGAGACCAACACUUGUAGCAUAAGCAGUGACUGUGAAGGUCAAGCAAACAUGAGGAACUCUCCAGAGAACCGCCUGUUGAUCAAGCGAAUGCUGAUCAAGUGCGCCGACGUGGCCAACCCGUGCAGGCCACUGGAGCUCUGCAUCGAGUGGGCCGGGCGUAUCUCUGAGGAGUACUUUGCUCAGACAGAUGAGGAGAAGAGGCUGGGGCUGCCUGUGGUGAUGCCUGUGUUUGACCGCAACACCUGCAGCGUGCCCAAGUCGCAGCUCUCUUUCAUAGACUACUUCAUCACCGACAUGUUUGACGCCUGGGACGCAUUUGCCAGCUUGCCAGGUUUGAUGGAGAAUCUGUCAGAGAACUACAAGUACUGGAAGACUCUGGACGACAUGAAGUGCAAGAACCUGCGCCCUCCGCCGCCGUCUUGACUGCAUACCACUCUCCACCGCGGUCGUUUCCCAGCAGAUGAUGGGAAGUCUUCAGCUCUAGCUCCCAAAAAAAUUGACCCAAAUGGAGGUGGUCCUCACCCGGCGACGACUACGCCCUUUCCUGACAGAUUAUUCUUCAUAUUUUGUAUUUCUUUUUUAAUACAGACAUCCACCGUUGGUGUGAUUAAAACAUUAGAAACUGUUGAAAAGACAAAGAAUGCUUCUAAAAGUUUGAAUCUGAAAAUGUGUGAGCAUUGAAACACCAACACCUCAGCAGGUGCAACCAUAAUGGCCAUAUGAGUGACUAGGCGAGUUCUUGCAUUGCUCACUAGCGUCGUCUAGUGUAUAUACAAUGUUAUUGCAGGGAAGACUGACUUACCGUAAAUUGUGUUCAACUUCUUCAUGUCAUGUAAACUCAAAUGAAUGAUUUAUGGUAAAAUUACACAACCAUUUGAUGACAGAGUGCCCAGUGAAUGAAAGAGAAAUGUAUGUGAAAACGUGGGAAAUGAAGGUAAGAGCUUUUGAACAUGCUUGUUUAAGGGGGAUUUAGAUAUUUUUACUUAUUAAAAAUAAGGUUGAUUUGUUAAAUAUUGAAAAAGUACUCCUGAUGGUGUAAGAAAACUUUGGAGUAGAGGCAGACAUUUUCCUUAUUAGCAACAUGUUGGUAGUACAAUUGUCACCAAGUGCAAUAAUAAAGCUUUUUUCUUUUUAAUCUUAGCCUUUUUCUGCUGAGAUUUAACUGGCUCCAAGUGAUUUAUUAUUAUUUUAUACAACUAUUAAAAAGAGUGUUAGCAAAGUGACAUGCAUUUUUACGAUAGCCACGGGACUAACCUCAACUAAUAGUGACAUGCAACAUCGACUUAAAAUCUUGUUUUGUGUUUGUUAUCAAUUUCAACAAACAACAGUCUAGUAUGAAAAUGAAUUCAGAACAAAUGUGUAAAGUUGUGACAAAGAUCUCUGAGUUUUUUUUUUACUCUCACGUGACUCCACUAAACUAAUACUGUAGACCAGGGGUGCCCAAGUCCAGUCCUCGAGAGCCCCUAUCCAGCUUGUUUUCCAU